UGCAGGUCCAGCAUCGCAUUGGAAACCAGGGCGAUUAAGCCUCAUCCAUCCAGUCAGACAAGCUGUGAUGGGAAUAAGAAGAAAGAGACUGCAGGAGGAGGCAGCUGAGAUCCAGAGGACUACGUCGGACGCCGCUGUUGGCUGCACGUGUGUCGCCACGUCACAUGUGAUGUUGAUGGAAUCCUCAUCUCAACUGCUGCUCUGUGUGUGUGCAUAAGCAUUGAAAAACUGUUAGCGAGGAGGUUUCACUUUGGUUCUGCACAGCUGUACCCACCAAUGGCAGAGCCGGCUGCGUUACCUCAUUAGCUUACUAAAAUAGCACGGAGGGAUGUCCUCAUUAGUCUACACAGACACGCAGAGACAAACUCAUCUCAUGGCUUAGCCCACAAAUCCCGCUCCCUUUGCCUGUGGUUUUUAGCUCUUUUCUGCCUCUGUGUUAAUCCUCUCACAUCCCCCUCCUCCUGACUCUUGCUCACGCUCUGUUUGCUCCUCCCCGAUCUUCCCUCCAAGCCAACAGGCUGCUAUUUGUCCAGGCUGCCUGCUACAUGAUCCGCUGGAAUAUGAUGUUCGCUUGCUAUUCUGUGGUUUUUGGGCUUGUUGUCGCUCUGCAGGGCAGAGAGCACCGGAGGAUGCCAGCCCUACGCUGAGCCGACCACAUCUGACCUUUCCUUCCCUUUCCCCCCAUGAUCUUAACCUCUCCAUCCAUUAGUCUCCCAUGACCUCCCCCUCUACCCCGCCGAUGCUGUCUCAACCCCCUCUCUCCUGACUAAUGCCACCGUUCCCUCGACAAUGUUACCAUGCAUUAACUGGCUGCAACCUUUCCUUGCUUUGAUCUCCUCCACCUUGCUCACACGUGGCCACAACUGUCCAUCCAGGUGUUUGUGUCCAGACCACCACACAGUGAACUGCACAAGCCAAGGUCUGACUGGAGUCCCAGACUCCAUCCCCCUGGAUGUCCGCCGUCUCCUGCUCUCCAACAACUGGAUUCCCUGGAUUCCUUCAGACUUUCUGGUCCUUUACAGCGACUUGGUCUAUCUGGACCUGAGGAAUAACUCCCUCUCCCAGCUGGAGCCGGGCACCUUGAGCUCCUCCUCUAGGUUGGUCUUCUUGGACUUGGGGAGCAAUAACCUGACAGAAAUCCCUUCAGGAACGUUUGGGGAAUCGAGGAGUCUGAUCAAACUGCGACUAGGGAACAACCCCUAUCUUAACAUGGUGGGCAGGGAUGCUUUUACUGGGUUAACUUCUCUGAGGGAGUUGGAGCUGGAAAGGAAUGGUUUCACAGUCCUGGAUGUUCAGGUCCUGGAACCGCUGCCCUCCCUGCGGAUGCUGCGUCUGGAGGGCAACCCCUGGCUUUGCAACUGCCACUUUGCCAAACUGUUUGCAUGGUUGACACAGAACCGGCACAAGCUCCCGACGGGGAUGGAGGGAAUCGAGUGCUCGCUGCCUCUGGACGGGCGCCGCAUUCCUCUCAGUUUACUCUCUGAAGACAGCUUCAGAGAGUGCCGGGGUACCCUCACCCUCACCGACUACCUCAUCGUCAUCUUCUCCGGCAUCUCCGUCUCAGUGGCCGCCAUCAUCGCCAGCUUCCUCCUGGCUUCCACAGUCCACUGCUUCCAGCGCAUCAGCAAGGGCAGUAAAGGCGAUGAAGAGGAGGGGAAUGACUGACGUUUGUCACAUAAAACUCUUUCUGAGCGAUCAUGCGGAGAGAUCAGUGCUUUUACUAAUUUCUAAAUGAACAUUGAGUAACUGCAGUUAGGACAGACUCGUGUGGGCAGAAGCAUCAAACAGAAAUACAAUAAUAUGCAAAUAAGCUUAGUGUGCAGUGGAACUACAGAGACCUGAACCUGGUCCAGACUCGAACCUUCAUCUACUCAUUCAUCUGUCAAAGCAUAAAACCUCUUUCUCUACAGUUACGUCAUCAUGUCUUCAUGUGAUCACAGUAAGGAGGAUUUUAUGGACCUCACGGGUUCUCUGACGUGUUUACUGGUAAAACUGGUAGUGCCUUGAUGAAAAAAA